AUGAAAGCAAAGAGACAAUCUACUGCUACUGAACCAAAUGUGCGUGCUAUUAUUCAGUACGUCAAACCAAGUGCGGGGGCAUGUUACUAUAUAGGCAUAUAUCAGAAUAUUUUUCUAGUCGGAUUAUUUGAUUCUAUAAACUUAUUAAUUUCAUCUACCUUGGCCUGGACACUUCUUAUAUUAAGAGUUAUUGUUACUAUUGUUGUUAUUCAAGAUAUCCUCUAUAGCCCUUGCCUACAAUGUAGAUAUCAUAAGCGUAAUUUUACUAUAUCUAUUUAUAUCUACGUAAUUGCCUCUUCAGAUUUCGACAAUGAACCCGAUCCGGCACGACAGUACAAUGUAUACUUGAAUGGGAAAAAAUUGAUAUGUUUGGCUGCUACGAUAUAUGGCUCUGCCAACCCGUUGAGGCGCUAUUCAGUAUGUUCUCUUGAUUGA